ACAAUUUUCUAACAUUGAUUCGGUCUCUAUCAUUAAUUUCAUUCUCUGCUUUUUUAUUCUUACAACUCGAAUUUUCGUUCCAGUUGUAAUAAUGAGAGGUGAAGAUGAUCACUAUCUUUCACGUAUGAAAAAAGAUUGGCCAAAUAUACGUGAUAAAGUGACCAAGGCGUUAGAGGAAGCGUUGUUGCGCAAAGCUAAGUCUCCUUCAUCACGCAUUAUCAAGUUUGACCUUAACGAACCUCCUCCUCCUGAUACGGAUGAAGAAGAGCAGAUCAAUGAAGCAGAGAUAAGAUACCAUAAAGUUUCUAGUGGAGCUUCUUCUAGGUUUUGUAGCAACAUUGACCUUAACAAGUCCCCGAGAGAAGAGCCACCAAACCACGAUCACAACAUCACUAAGAACCUACUAAACCCUAAUCCUGGCAAGAGACCUCUCAAGCGAAAGGGAAGGGGUAGUGGUAGGUUGGAUAAGGCAAAGAAGCAAAGACUCAAAGCUGCUUUGGAAGUAGAAGACGCGAAGCUCGUCUUUGAGAAGACUUUGUCCGUGAGUGAUGUCAACCCAAACCAGAGCCGUUUCUUAAUCCCUUUCAAAAAGCUAAAAAGAAACGACUUCUUGACUCAAGAGGAAUCGAGUUUCUUAGAACAAGAAGAAGGCAACAAGGGCGGGAAGCCUGGAGUGGAAGCGUUUCUCGUGGACCAAAGGUCUGAAGCUUGGAGUUUGGUUUUCAAGAGAUGGGUGAUGAAGAAGAAGGAGAGCUCUCAAAAGGGUACAUUGAACUACGUUUUGAACCGUGGCUGGAACGACAUCGUUAAGGAGAAUAAGUUGAAAGCCAAAGACAAGAUUAGUCUCUGGUCUUUUAGGUGCGACGGUGUCCUCUGCUUUUCCCUAGUUAGUAACUAGUAGUUACUCAUCCUCCCACCAUUAGCACAUAGUAGCUCUUCUGCUAUCCCUAGCUCAUGAUUGUUUUUCUCUUUUUUUUUUUGCAUGUGGUAAAUUCUUCAUUGAUAUGGACUCUAGGUUUUUUAAGGACGUUUAGUUAGUAGGGUUUUUGGUUUAGUGACUAGUUACAAAAAUUAUAUGUUGGGUUUUUUUGGUUGACAUCUUUGUUGGAAUUCUUCUUCAUUGUUCGUACGUAGAUGAC